AUGCUGAAUAUUGCCCAUACUGAUGCUGCAAAAUUACGCCAAGAAUACGAAAUCCUCAUGGUUUCGAAAUCUUGGUGUCCUGACUGUCACUACAUGCAGAAGAUCUGGAAGGACUUCGGUUUGGAGGACCGAGCACACAUUGUAGAAUUGGACAAAAUCGAGGACAAAGACUAUGCUUUAGCUUUGGAAAACGAGUUUGCUGCAAUUUCAGGUGAACAUUGGGUGCCUACGAUUUUCUUUAGAGCCUCUGACGCGAUCAAGACUGACCGUCACUUCAGACAAUGGGAGAAAGAUGGAGUCCUAGCAGAAGAAUUGCAGAAGCUUACUCAAGUUUAA